AUGACAGAGAAUCAUGUCUUUCAAGUCUGGGAUUAUGUUGUUUUUGCUUUUGUGCUGUUUGUUUCUGCUGCAAUUGGAUUUUUUUAUGCUUUUAAAAGUGGUAGGACUAGCCAAGAAACAACAGAAGAGUUCCUGGUAGGAAACCGACAGAUUUCUGCAUACCCAGUUGCUUUUUCAUUGGCUUCUAGUUUCUUGUCUGCUCUAACAGUUAUUGGAAAUCCAGCUGAAGUAUACAGCUAUGGGAUGAUGUUUUUAAUGUUUAUCUUCACCUGGUUAUUGACAAUGAUAGCCACUUGCCUAAUCUACAUUCCGCUCUUCUACCGACUAAACAUUAUCAGUACUUAUGAGUAUCUUAAUAGAAGAUUUGGACAAUUAGUGAGAUAUCAAGUUGCUUGUUGCUUCUUAAUACACAUGUUUUUUUAUCUUGGUAUCGUGACUUAUGCACCCUCAUUAGCACUAAGUCAAGUUACUGGAUUAAACUUGUGGAUUUCCAUUGUAACAACAGCGCUUGUGUGUACACUGUACUCAGCACUUGGUGGUAUCAAAGCUGUUAUUUGGACAGAUGUAUUCCAACUCAGUAUAAUGUUGAUUAGCCUUCUGACUGUGCUGAUUCAGGGAUCAAUUCAUGUUGGAGGGCUUGGCAAGGUGUGGAACAUUGGUGAGAAUGGUGGCCGGAUUAAUUUUUUAGAUUUUGAUCCAGAUCCAAGACGAAGACACACAUUUUGGACCAUAUUAAUAGGAGGCACAUUUGGAUGGACAGCAGUAUAUAGUUGUAAUCAAGCACAGGUACAGAGAUACCUGGCCUGUAAGAGUGAAAAUGAAGCAAAAAAAGCUGUGUUUCUGAACUGGUUUGGUAUGAUUAUUGUGUUCACAACAGCCUGCCUGUGUGGUUUGGUUAUGUAUGCUGUUUAUGAGACCUGUGAUCCAAUAAAGGCAAACAAAAUUAGUAACCCCAAUCAGCUGAUGCCAUUACUGAUCAUAGAAAUUUUGAAUCAGACGCCUGGAGUUCCUGGACUCUUUGUUGCCGGUGCAUACAGUGGCACAUUGAGCACAAUCUCUUCUGGUAUCAGUGCUAUGACUGCAGUCCUUGUGGAAGAUUUUAUAAAACCAAUCUGGAAACCUUGGGAACAGCUUUCUAAUAGAAAGAAGACUCUGGUCUCAAAGCUCAUAGCAAUGAUAUUUGGACUUAAGACAAUAGGCCUGGCUGUGUUAGCCUCUUUCUUACAAGGAAAUAUAAUUCAGGCUUCAAUAAGUGUUGCAGGAAUAAUUCAAGGACCAAUACUGGGUGUAUUCACUUUAGCAGCAUUGUUUCCAAAGAGCAAUGGCAAGGGUGCAUCUGUAGGUUUGUUUGUUGGACUGGCCCUUUCCAUGUGGAUGGGGAUUGCUGCUCAAAUCUAUCCACCUACUGAUAAAUUUACACGGUUACUUGAAACAUCAACAUCGGGCUGUUUGCAGCUAAAUUCCACCACCUCAACCCCUAUGAAUGUAACAUCACUGCUAACCAUCAUAACAUCUGCAAGGCAGAAAGAAUGGCCCAGCAUUGCAGAAAAUUUCUACUCCUUAUCGUAUCUCUACUACAGCCCAGUUGCUUGUCUAAGCACAGUUUUAGUCGGAUUAAUAGUCAGUUUGUUCACUGGUGGAACUGAAAAUCUGGACCCUACUCUAAUUGCUCCUAUAGUGCACACUGUUCACAACUUCAUCUUUAAGAAUGAACAAGCCUGCCCAAUACCAGAAACAAAUGCAUUUGGGGUGCUACCUCCUGCUGAAGUGACUGGGAAGUCUACUAGAAGUCUGGACCGGGCUGUGGGAUUCAGUACAACAUUUUUGGUGCUCCCAGCAAUUUCCUGGGCAUUAAUCAACAAUGAAUUAACAAUUGUGUUAAUAUUCAUCCUCUGCUACUUGAGGAAUUUCACCUCAAGACUGCGGGGGCAUGCCACCAUUCCUUGGUGUCUGUUACUAAUCUUCGGCCAAUUCAAGCUAUGUUAUGAUCAGGUGAGCUACCAGAAAACCAAGGUCGGUAGCCGUGGCUCUGUUGGAGGGCCUGCUUCCCAACCAAAUACACUACCAUUGCCCUUGCUGGUGCCAACUGGUCCAGAUUGCUGUAGCACAUGGAAAUUUCAGAACUAUAAACCAAUGGGAGAGCAUGAGCAAGAAUUCAGAAGAGACUUUGGGACUAUAAACUGGCAAGAGAGAGGUGACUGUGAGUUUGGAGGAGACUUCGAGGCUAUAAACCGGUGA